UCGAUUCUGGGCUCACCCAUGGCCACUUGGAUGGUGAGAAAGCUACCGUCAUCGUUGUCGACGUUUUCCUCGUCUUUGAUUACCAAAUCAACGCCGGAGAUCUCACCUCCGUUGGUGGGCCAUGGUGGUUGUAGACUCAGGUGGGCCUCCUCUUCUUCUUCGUCCUCAUCAUCAACGGCAACGACUUCUUCAAAUUCUUCAUCUUCGAAGCGAGAGAAGAAGAUAACAGACCGUCUAUCAGCCGUGAUAGACGCUGUCAACGACCGUAAACUUCCUCCCGAGCUACGUGGCCAACGCAACGCCGUCAGGUCAGAAACCGACAUUAUCAAUGUAGUUGAGCAAAGAAUAUGGCAUUCAAUGGAAGAGGGUCAAUUUGAGAAUUUACCAGGAAAAGGCAAACCUCUUAACCUUAACACCAACCCUCAUGCAGAUCCAGCAGAAGACACUCUCUAUAGAAUUCUCUCAAAGAACGGAUGUGCACCUGAGUGGGUCGAACUUAACAAGGAGAUCAGGAGUAAAGUAUUGGAAUGGCGAGUCGCCUUGAAGAAAGCGUGGGAGAGCAAAUGCAAUGGAGAUCAUAACAAAUGGGUUGAGUGUUCUGAAGCCUUAAAGAUACAAUUGCGUGACAUCAAUGAUAAGGUUUUCCGAUAUAAUCUGAUUGUUCCUUUUGGCCGCCAGAUGUUUGGACUGAAAUGGGAAAAAGAGGUAGCUCGCUUAGAAGAAUAGCUGGAAUCACCAUUGUUAUGUUUUCCUCUGACAGUCUAUUAGUUGUUCAUAGAUAUAAAUGUUUGUUAGUUUUAAUUGUCUCAACUUGGUACAAAGUGUAUAAUAUAUAAUACUUGUAAGGCGCAUCAUAGUUCUCCUAAGCCACAACCACAGUUCAGUUAGUGGGAAGUUUUGUAUGGUACGCAUUCUUGGUAUUUUACUCUUA